AUGGCCAACACCAGUACGCCAACGAGUGCCGCGAAAAACAUCGUCUUUGUCCACCCAGACCUUGGCAUAGGAGGCGCAGAAAGACUGGUGAUAGAUGCGGCCGUGGGACUGCAAUCGCUUGGACAUAAGGUCACGGUACUCACAUCCUAUCGUGAUACGAAUCACUGCUUUGAGGAAGCGAGAGAUGGAACACUCGAUGUCCGAGUCCGUGGCGAUGCCUUGUUCCCACCCUCGAUCGGCGGACGGCUUAGUAUUCUGUUCUCCAUAUUGAGGCAACUGGCGCUGGUAGUGAGCACUGGUGUUGCUUCCAACGAGCUCAAAACGCUUCAACCAGAUGUGAUAUUUGUGGACCAGCUCAGCGCAUGCGUGCCGCUCUUACGUCUGCUGUACCCGCAAGCCAAGGUUCUCUUCUAUGGACACUACCCGGACCGUCUGCUAGCGCAAGAAGCCGACGGAGUCGUGAAGUACAUCAAGCGAGCUUAUCGGCUGCCGUUCGAUGCUAUCGAAGGGUGGAGCACAGGAUGCUCCGACGAUAUAGUUGUCAACAGCAGAUUCACACGGGGCGUAUUCAAGGCCACUUUCAGACAUAUGCAAAGACGGGACAUGAAAGUCAUAUACCCUUGUGUCGAUACCAGCAAUAGCAGUCCGAAGAAUACAACCGCCAUCUGGCCAGGCAAGAGGAUCCUUCUGAGCAUAAACCGAUUUGAGGGCAAGAAGAAUCUUGAUCUAGCAAUACGAGCAUACGCUGGUCUGUCGGCGGACGAGCGCAAGAGAUCCAAGCUUAUCAUGGCUGGUGGAUUUGAUCCACGGGCACCAGAGAACGCGGUGGUGCACAAGCGCUUGCAGCAAUUGUCAGAGUCACUUCAUCUCACACACGCGACUUUCCGCAGCAACGACACACUCACCACGGAUCUCACGACAGAUGACGUAGAUACGCUCUUCCUACUAUCAAUACCACAUGAGAUGAAACAGCGACUACUGAACUCCGCAAGUCUGCUGAUCUAUACACCAAAGAACGAGCACUUCGGCAUUGUACCACUGGAAGCUAUGCUUGCCGGUGCACCAGUCUUGGCGACGAACACAGGAGGCCCACUCGAAACAAUCUACGAUGGUCGUACGGGCUGGUUACGAAGUCCGGAUAGGGUCGAACAGUGGACAGAAGUCAUGCGCAAAGCCCUUAUACCAUCCAGCGAGGACGCGCUGCGUGCCAUGGGCCAGAAGGGCCGUGAGCGGGUCCUGGCAGAGUUCAGUCACACUAAAAUGACGGCUUCGCUGGACAAGGAGAUUCAGGACUUGUGUGCGAGCACAGCACUACGGCCGGCGAUUACACCCGAGUGGGUACAAGCACUGCUAGUCGUCACCCUCAUCGCGAUCAUUGCUGGGUUCCUCGUCUCGAGGUUCUUCUUAUGGGCGGUGAAUCUAGAUGAGCAGAAGCAUCUCCGGGAUCUGGCGAGUGCGGGAUCUGGCAUACAGAGUACAAUUGCUUCUGUGGCCGCUUCUGCUACUCACGUAACCGAUGAAUUGUGA